AUUCAACCGCCCAUUUCCAGUUUGAUCCACAGUCGCAACGAUGACCGCCGUCGCUGGUCCAUUUCUACGAACAUAUCGAUAUCUGCAACGGGAAGCCCAUGAGCGACCUGUCAUCUUCUACUCCCUUAUAAUGGGAAUCGCUGGUCCUGUGAUGGCGUACACCGUCCCUUCCAUCCGAGAGAAAUACUUUGGCUAUAAGCCUGCAGAGAGAGUUCCCAUAACUUAUCCUUUACCCCAGCGACCCCGACGACCGGUGCCACCAGGAUAUGAGGACUAGAGGGAUGAAUACGGCCCACGUCUGUGGUAGAAGCUCUGUGUACGGAAAGAAUAAAUGCGUCCAAGCAAUCAAUCCCAAGAGUAGCAGCUUUAGUUCCGACUUUACCCUUGAGAGUCCUUAAACCUACAUCCAAAACUAAUCUAUCAUGCCUCUAUCUAAAUAUCUGUCUCUCC